UCAUAUUAAAACAACACCAAAUCAGUACACCUUACACCCCUUCCCCAUUUCUUUCUUCAUCCUCAUCUUUUAUUCCUUCAAUCUCUCAACACUGCCUCCUUCCCUCUUCUCUCACGUUCCACUCCCCUCACCCACAGCGGCGGCACAACCAAGCCCAGCCACGAGCUCCACCACCAACAGCAACUACUUCUGCUCCUUCCUUUAUUGUUGUUCAUCAAGAUUGAAAGUUGAAGGGUCCUUCAAUGGUGAUUGAGGACCUAUCUCUUACAGGGGAUAGAUCCACUUUCAGGUUGCCAUCUUUAGUGCGGAUGGAUGUGCUGCUCGUUUAUGUGUCAUGUGUUGCGAUUGCGAGGACAUCGUUUUCGGAAGGUUAACUUAUAAUGAUAUUUUGACAAACCAUGUCUUUUAAUAAAAAAAAAUAGAUAUUUUAUAAUGUAUUAAUUUAGUUUAUAACUGGGUUGUAAGUAAUUGUAUUACAGUUAUGUCAAGUUUUUAAAUACUCUGAUAUUGGUUGCUGUGGUUAUCGAACCACAGGUCGGAUUCAGCCUAGACUUCUAUAAGUCUUCCGCUGUGCUUUGUAGACAAUAAUAAUAUAUUGUUUACGCUGGUUUGGGCUGUUUCAGUUACCUUCAAAAUCGAUUAACUAGAACAAGAAUGAUGGAGUUUGGAUACAAUGAAGAAGGGAGAUGAUGGAGUUAUUUAUAGAACAUAAUAACAACAGCUAUUUUCAACUUCAUAACGGCUAUUUUACAAUUUUACAACGGUUAGUUUAAAUCAUACAAAAAGAUCAACAAAAGCAAACUAGGUCAAGGGAUAUGUCACUGUUACUAACAACGACAUUAUGUUUGACCAGUAAAAAACAUUAGGUCGCUAUUAGUAACAGCGAUAUAUCCCUUGACUAAAAUUUUAACCAUUUCUUUUAAUUCGCUGUUAGUAAAAGCGAGUUUACACCAAGCCUAGCUUUGGAGCCAAAGACGCUUAUUUUGGGAAUAAAGUUUGAACGAAACUUGUUUUUUGAAUAAAGUUGUUAAAUAAUCUUAUUUUUUUCAAAUUUUCAUCAUGAUCUAAUCUUUAAUUUUAUUUCAUUGGGGCCAAGCCCAUCCAUUUCCAUUAAACAAGCACUUUAAAUUACACAAAUUCUCAAACAACCCGUUUUGUAUCAGACCGUCUCACGGUGAGACGAUCUCAAAACAAGAUGUCCAUAAGCUAGAAGUUUCCAUUAUUAGACUAUUUAACCCAAGUAUGAUGCAUGUCUCUCGGUAAGGCAGUCUCAUACAAAAAUUUGUAAUUCUCAAAAGAGAUGUUUUCAUAUCAUCUCUAUUAGGCUGAUCAAUUAUAGUUAUAAAGUGAAUAUUUUUAUAGUCUAAAAAUGAUUAUUUAUCGCUUUAAAAUAAUCAUUUACAACAUUAAAAUAUUUACAACAUUAAAAUAUUCGAUUGGAGAAAUAAAUUAGUUAUAUAAACUCAUACAACUAUACAAGAUUUGUUAUUAACAUUAGUAAUUUUUUACUUUUAAAAUCAAAUUACAUUUAAACACCAAACAAGGAACAUCCUGUUACGGUCAUUAACAUUAAAGAAAGUGAACCCACGUUUUUCUUUCCAAUUAUCAAACCCUAAACCAUCUGUGCCUUUUUCUCAUGCCUCUUCACGCCGCACAAUCUAUCUUCCUCAACUCUCCAUUGAUUCUAAGAACUACUCUUUAAUGGUGGCAUCAAUGUGAUAAAGCUUAGUGCAGUAACAAAGAAAUACAGAAGAAAAGGCGUAACUAACCAAAACCGAUGGUGGAAGUAUGGUGGUCCCUUUUGGGAGCUGCUAUUCCAGCUGUUAUAGCAGGACAAGGCUGGAGGAUGAAGAGAAGGCGGGAUGAAGAGCAAAGGAUUAGGAUCGCACGAGGUCGGGAAAAGAGCUCAGAUGAGAUUUUUGUGUGUGAACGGGUUUGUACAUCAAAGCGUAUGUUGAAGAAGGUAGGAGCCUUCUCUAAGGAUCCGAUACCAGAUACUUGCGUCACUGUAUGUGGAGUAUCUGAGCUCGAUGCAUGUACCGAUGCUUGUGCACGAACUGUUUGUGUCAACCAACAUCAUGUUCCAAACUGGAAUGAUAUUUGCCUUCGAAGAUGUCAGAGUGAAUGUCUUAAACUCUCUGCAUCUCGCACUUCAUAAACCUGUUAAUAUUUGGAAAAUUGACAAGAAUUAGACAAUGUUUUGUUUGUACCCUUUGCUCAAUGCCUGGAGUAAAAACUUCGGAAAAUUUGUUUGUAUCCUUUGAACAAAUACUUGGCUGUUCUAACGUGUUUUCUUGAAUUUGUCAUAAUAGAGUUAGCAUAUCUUGUAAUCUUA